AUGGCUUUCACGCUCGGUGCAGCUCAGCUCACAGCGCUUUUCAUGGAGACCUUGUUCUAUGGCCUCUUUUUGGCCACCUUCUUUCAAACCACCCGAACUCUACUCUUCACUCGAGCACAGUGGAGACGCGGGGACGUGAGAUGGUCGUUAGUUCUCGUGUCGUGGGGGAUGUUUCUGAUCGGCACCCUCGACGUGGUCUUAUUAUUCAAGCACAAUCUGGAUGGAUUUGUCAAUUAUACGGGACCUGGAGGGCCGGAUGCGCGGUUCGGGGAUAUCUCUGAUUGGGUCAAUCCUACGAGGGCUGUUACCUUCUGUCUUCAAGUCGUACUCGGAGAUGGCAUGCUCAUCUACCGUUGUUUCAUUGUUUACAGCCGAUCUUGGCUGGUCAUCGUCGUUCCAUGUCUACUCUGUAUUGGGACAGCGGCAUGUGGUCUUGCUGUUCCCGUUGUAGAAGCCAACUUCAAAGGCGACGCCGCCUUGACUGCCAAGAAGUUGAACGUGUGGACAGAUGCGGGCACAGUUUUGACCCUCUGCACCAACCUUUCCACAACAUGUCUCAUCGCCGCCCGCCUCUAUAUGGUCUCAAGGCGAAGCACAUCGCUGACAUCCCGCACGACCCAUGUGUCCGGUGGACAUCCCGUACGCUAUGCAAUGCGUAUAAUCGUCGAGUCCGGUGUUAUCUACAUCGUUUGCACGAUUAUAUUGGCCACGGUGUCCUAUAGUGAUAGCCUUUCCGUGUACGCAGUAUCUGAUUCUCUCCUUCAAAUCAUCGGUGUAUCGUUCAAUCUCAUCAUCAUUCGUGUCUCGAACAACACCACCAUUGAAUCACAAUAUGGUACUCAGGCGAACACUAAAAGCAACGAUCAGCGUAGCUAUCCGCUCCGGUUCGUCACUGGAACGGACAGUCGCCGUUCAGGGCUGGGUUCUAGCACUCAAAUAGGCACCAGUGCUGUUGCUACCACGAGUGUCAAAGAGCGCGGUGUUGAGUUCGUCCAAGGCGACGAAGAGAGCCAGAAGGGAGGAUAUUCGGAGAUGUAG